AAUUUGAAGGUCUAAUUGAUUAAAAAGAAUCUGAAGUUGAGAAAGAACUAGUUGUAUGUUGGCGCAGCAGGGAACACUCGAGAGAUCAGCGCUUGGCCCGAAACCGGAAGUGAUUUUACCGUUCUACCAAGGGAGCAGAAGUCCAUCCCCAGAGACGGCAGGUCAAACUUUAGCAGAAGAAAAUCACAUCGUAUUCAUUGGAAGUGAGAAGCCGGAUUUACUAUUACCUGACUACAGAAGAUAUGAGACUCAUGAACCUUCUGCAUCAGACCGUCAAGGAUCAACUCAGGUCCAACUUCACAACCCCGGGAGGCAGGAUAUGAGCAGGAAGAGUGGAAAGGAUCGUGCUGCUAAACUUGACUGGAGCGCCAAUAUUGACAAUGCCUCUCCACGAUAUGAGGUGAUCGGCAGUAAACCUGAUAUUAUUUUACCCAUGUUCGGCUACCAGUCACCUUUAUACAAGUCGCCUGUACCUUCUCGUCUGGACUGGAGUGCAAACAUAGAAAUAGAAUCUCAGGCUCCAGCCAAAGUGUCUCACCGAAUACAGAGCCCCGAGUCUAAAGUAAUGAACUGGAAUGCCAAUAUCGAGUCAGCCUCCCCCGGUCCACCUGCUUAUGAAGAGGAAUACAAUAUGCUUCCCAGUCCCGCUAUCGUUGCGCAGAAUGCCCCUCUUCUGGAGAAUGCCCCACUUCUGAAGAAAACGUGGACACCCAAACAGGAUGCAGAGCUGAUGCUGGACAUGCAGCAAGAUGAAGUUAUCAGUCGCAUCCAUUCGAUAAGUGCAAGGGAAAAGACGAGGAAACGUAGAUCAGUCACUCAAAGUUUCAAAUUGAAAAUGUUCAACAGAAAACCAUCAAGAAAACAGGCUCCAUCAAGAGCAGAAGUCAUUAGCUACGUUCCAAACAAAACGGAACCCAAUGAAAACAUUAAAAAACUGAGAGGAAAUGUUAACAGAAGGUCGGUGAGGGAUGAGAUAGCUUCUAACAUGAUGAGCGCUUAUAGAGAGCAACACCGGGCUAAAGCUAAAGAAAUCGAGUUCUCGUUCCCCAUGGAAAUCGUACCUCCUCUGGCGAAGCAGUUCAUUGACGAGACAAAGUUAGUACGCACGGAGACUGGGGAGCUCGCUUACGAGUUGGAUGAAGAAGAGGGGUAUUUGUUGAGAAACUGUGACAAACACAAAUACUUGAGGCGCUCUCAAACUGACCCUAGACCUCUCGAUCUGUUGGGAAGUCCAGAGAGGACGGAGUUUGGUUCGGUGAUAAGGAGAUCGGGGACAGUGUGCCUUCCUACAAGUAACCAGCAGCUUUCUGAGCUGGAGUUACAGGGUCUUACUGACUUGAUGGGUUACAAGAAACUGUGUCGGAUAGAAAAGCAGUACACGACACAGAGUGUAAACAUCAUCGAUAGGAAACUUUCAUUAGUUGAACAACUGAAGCAGCUACCAAAAGAAGAGUGUAUGAUCCCAACACCGCCACCAUCUACCCCCACUCCAACCCCUCCUCCCUCGCCCGAAGAGGAGGACUACACUCCCAUCCAGUACCAAUACGUUGUGCCAACUGUACAGACGCGGGUUGCCUCUGCAGAGGACUCCACCAGACCCGUAUCUCGAAAGUACACCGAGGUGUUGACUCCUCCUGCAGUUACUCCUAUUCCUGAGGUGGAGGAGGAUGUUAAGGAGGAGGAAAUGCUGCUGGAACACUUCCAGACACUCCGAGCCCAAUGAGCUUGAGAGCCUUUACUCGGGUGAAAAGAAGUGAGUCUACCGGGAGUCUGGACAGUUAUUGUGGAAAGUUUGUGGAUGAUAUCUUACUGCACCUCUCUUUCGAGAAGCAAAAGUCUAAAUCGCCUACACUAGUGGAAGAAAAAAACCUAACUUACACAAUAGCGGAUGAGAAAAACCUAACCUACACCAUAGAACGAAGUUACUCAACAAGCAGUGGUCGAAGUGUGUGUGUAAAGCUUGUUGAUGAAGUGUUUCAUCUCAGUACCCUCGAGAAGGAACCUAGUCCAACACCUCUUCCGAGCAUAUCCAGUAGGAAUGAUGUCACCAUCAGCAGCGUGUCAAGAGCAAGCGACAUGACUGAUGACAGUGAAAACCAACGGAAGUCGAUCUUAGAUGUGACCCCUCCUCUAACCCCAGAUGAAAUGGAAAUAGCUGCUAUCGCCGCUCAAAGUCGUUCUAGCAGUGGUCUUAGUAACUAUUGUGAAAACUUUGUGGACAAACUAUUGUUCCGUAUUUCUAUAGAGAAAGAACCGGAUGAGUUAGAACAUGUUCCAAUACCUGUCAGUCGCUCUAAAAGUGGUCUCAGUAUUUAUUGUGACAACUUUGUGGACAAACUUUUACUUCGCAUUUCCUUAGAGAAGGAUGAAACCCCUCCCCUUACUCCAGAUGAGAUGGAAGUUGAUCCUAUCGCAGAAAGUUUCAGUCGCUCUAGCAGUGGCCUUAGUAGCUACUGUGGUAAAGUUGUGGACGAUCUUUUGCUUCACAUUUCUGUAGAGAAGGAAUCUGUCUCACUUGUACCAACAGAAAAAGACCCUGUUGAAGAGUCUGGACCCAUCUACACACCUGUUAGCAGCCAGAGCUUCUGCAGCAGCUCUCGUAGCAGCUCUCGUAGCAGCACUAGCAGCAGCUCUAGCAGCAGCUCUCGUAGCAGUAACAUCAGUGGUUUUUGCGACAAAUUAGUAGAUGAUCUGUUGAUUCGUAUUAGAGUAGAAAAAGUAAAAUCGGUUUCACCAAUUCCCAUCAAAAGAGAACAAACACCGUAUCAUAAUAUGGAUAAAACUCUUCCUCUAACCCCGGAUGAAAUGGAAAUUCUUCCUAUCGCUGCUCAAAGUCGUUCUAGCAGUGGCCUUAGUAACUAUUGUGAAAACUUUGUGGACAAACUAUUGUUCCGUAUUUCUAUAGAGAAAGAAUCGGUUUCACCAACUUCUAUCAAAAGAGAACAAACACCCCCACUUACCCCAGAUGAAAUGGAAAUAGCUGCUAUCGCCGCUCAAAGUCGUUCUAGCAGUGGCCUUAGUAACUAUUGUGAAAACUUUGUGGACAAACUAUUGUUCCGUAUUUCUAUAGAGAAAGAAUCGGUUUCACCAACUUCUAUAAAAAGAGAACAAACACCCCCACUUACCCCAGAUGAAAUGGAAAUAGCUGCUAUCGCCGCUCAAAGUCGUUCUAGCAGUGGCCUUAGUAACUAUUGUGAAAACUUUGUGGACAAACUAUUGUUCCGUAUUUCUAUAGAGAAAGAAUCGGUUUCACCAACUUCUAUAAAAAGAGAACAAACACCUCCACUUACCCCAGAUGAAAUGGAAAUUGCUCCUAUCGCCGCUCAAAGUCGCUGUAGUAGUCGCCUUAGUAACUAUUGUGAAACAUUUGUCGACGGACUCUUGUUCCGUAUCAGUAUUGAAAAAAAGCCAACACCAAUCCUCAGAGAACCAUAUCCAGAUGAAAAGCGAGUUUCUUCAACGGCAUCUCCAAUUGAGAGUGAACCUACUCCUGCCUCGUUGAUAAUUGAUAUACCAGAAUCACCGUUGCAAGUUGAGAAACGGAGCUAUUCCAGAAGUAGCGGAAAAGAUCUCUGCAUUAAAAUUGUGGACGAAGCUUUUAUUCUUAGCACCGUUGAAAAAGAGAAACCAAUCUCAGAUAAAACUCCUUGUCUUACUCCGGAUGAGUUAGAACAUGUUCCAAUAGCUGUCAGUCGCUCUAGUAGUGGUGUCAGUAUUUAUUGUGACAACUUUGUGGACAAACUUUUACUUCGCAUUUCCUUAGAGAAGGAUGAAACCCCUCCCCUUACUCCAGAUGAGAUGGAAGUUGCUCCUAUCGCAGAAAGUUUCAGUCGCUCUAGCAGUGGCCUUAGUAGCUACUGUGGUAAAGUUGUGGACGAUCUUUUGCUUCACAUUUCUGUAGAGAAGGAAUCUGUCUCACCUGUACCAACAGAAAAAUACCCUGUUGAAGAGUUUGGACCCAUCUACACACCUGUUAGCAGCCAGAGCUUCUGCAGCAGCUCUCGUAGCAUCACUAGCAGCAGCUCUAGCAGCAGCUCUCGUAGCAGUAACAUCAGUGGUUUUUGCGACAAAUUAGUAGAUGAUCUGUUAAUUCGUAUUAGAGUAGAAAAAGUAAAAUCGGUCUCGCCUCCUCCCUCUGAGAAGGACUCAUCUCCUGUUGAAAGACUCCCAACUCCCGUGGAAACUGCGAGGCAACAUUCCAGCAGGAGCUUGGAUAGCUAUUGUGGCAGGUAUGUAGACGAUAUGCUUGUUCGUAUCACUGUGGAGAAAUCACCCUCACCGACUGAAGGAGACCAAGCCCCGUCUCCUAGUUCCAGCAGCCGGAGUAGCACAUUGAGUACACCUACAGCAAGUCACCGGAGCAGCUCUUCUAGAAGCUUGGACAGUUUCUGUGGCAAGUUUGUAGAUAAACUCCUGCUUCGCAUAUCUGUAGACAAAGUACCCAAUCAGAGGAGUCUUUCUAGUAGCAGCGGAAAGAGCUUCUGUGUUAAUCUUAUGGACGGAGUGGUCUUCCAAAGUACUGCCGAGAAAGAAACUAAUCCGAGCUCGCCUGCUGAUCUCUCAUCUGUCCGCUCGCCUGUCAAAGAAGAAUCUUCUUCUUCUUCUUCUCCUUCUGCUGGAGACCCCUCAACUCCUUAUCUUCCUCAUACUCCAGCACCAACUCCUACUGAAACUACUGCACAAUUGGCGAGCUCAAGAAGCUAUUCCAGAAGUAGUGGUAAAAGUUACUGUGUCAAACUAGUUGAUGAAGUGUUUCAUCUCAGCACCGUCGAGGCGGCUAAAUCAAUUACGCCUAUACCGAUUGAGAGGGAACAGACUCCAUAUUAUGCUGCAUCUCCCAGUCCAUCUGUAAAGGAGCCUACACCUGCACCAGCUGAGCCUACUCCCUCGCCCCUAAAGGAGCCUACUCCCUCACCAACUGAGCCUACUCCUUCACCAAUUACAAUUGAGAAGGAUCUUGUUCCUCCGAUUGAAAAACAAUAUGUUAUCAGAGAAUCAGACAGAGAUGAUACUGCCACAACUAGUUUUGUGUCAGGAAUUGCACAUUCUAUUUGCUUGCAGGAUCAGUUUGUGGAAGGUGCAGAAUCUGAUUCAGAAUCUUGUGCCAGCUACACUCGCACUCCUGAAAUAUGGAAACUAACUCCGCUUCCUCCAGUUCAAUCAGCUAGGUCUCCCACCCCCAGUGUGAAAUCAGUUGGAGAGAAAUCACCCAGUGAGGGAACAUCUCCUCCACCAUCUACAGUAGUGGUGUCUGCACCUGCUUCACCACGCGAGGCAACAGUUGUCAUGUCUAGUAAUAGUCCUUCCGAACAACAGGAACCUAGCGAUUCUUCUUAUGUUUCCGCCUCAAGAGAUGCAAUCGCUUCUCCUGCAUCUGACGGUGCUUUAAGUGAUGACGAAUACCAAGCUUACGCAGAAUCUGCUUACUCGGACGAUUUUGCGAGCGAUGAUGAAGUACAAAAGUCAAAAACAUCAUCUCCCUCCCCCCUGUUAGCAUCAUCUCCCUCCCCCCUGUUCUUUAACCGGACCCCUACAGUGGUCAGAACCCCCGAAGAAGAGGAAGAAGAAUCUAAAAGUCCCGCCCCCUCUCCCCUGUUCAUCAAACGGUCUCCCCCAGUAAUCAGAACCCCAACAGAAGAAGAAGCUAAACGAGAGAGGAUGGACCGGGAGAAAACCGCACCUGCUGGCCUAGAGCGGGAGGUUCGAGUCUGGCAGCCACUCCCACCUCCCUCACCCUCACCUUCUCGACUAUCUGUAGGAACUCCUGCCAGGCAUUCGGCAGGCUCUCUCAAACCUUUGAGCUUGAAUAAGCUUAAAGCUGGAAUGAACCAAUGGAGAAUUCCUCCGAAGAGCUCCAACCGAUACCUGCGGAGGAGAGUUAAAAUAGAGCUUGACCCAGAGUCUCCCUAUAUAAUACACCAUGUUGAUAAGCAGAUAGCUGUUCAGCUAGCGCAAGACGAAAUGGACUCAACUAGAAACGAGGACAGAUUGCAUGAUUUCAUGAAGUACAAGAGAAAGUUCAACAAAAUGAGCCAGAAAAAGCGGAUUGAAGAGUUGAGUGAGCAGGAAGUGCGGAAAACUGAGAUAACCAAUAGUGUUUACCUCGGAGGGAAAACCAAUAUGAACAACAGACUAUUACCCUUACCUUCGCCACCAAGAUCGCCUCCCUCAAGUGACUCUGCGCCUUCUCCUGACGAAAAGGAAGGAUUCGAUUCUGAGAAAGAUGCGGGACUCUUGAAGAUACUAGAUCAAAUCAGGAACCUGACGAAUGCCAGUAUUGGAGAAAUGAAGACCUACAAUGCACCACCACUCGACGUUCAUGCUGUGGUAAAGUGUGUGUACACGAUUCUUGGUGAGAAUCCUAGACGUCUAGAUCACUGGCAGGAGUGUGUGGUUUUGUUGAGUAAGCUGGGAAGAAAGCAUGUGAGGAAACGAGUACUGAGAAUGAGAAAGGAUAGAGUAACUCCUGAGAUGAGAGAGGAGGUCAAGAAACUGUUGGCAGGAUGGACCUCCUACGAUAUUGCUCAGCGAAGUAGGGUUUGUGUGCUGUUCUUCAUCUGGUGUAAAGAAAUCUGCGAUCUAAACGAAAGUCCUGAAGACAACCCGCUCCUACCCAUUGUCAUGGGGCGGUUCAUGAACAAACGAAACAACAACUCAGUUAUGUCCAAGAUCUUCAGUCAAAAUCUCGGCAGUGGCAGGAACUCUACUAACCCCGAAAUACUCCCUGGCGAAGAGAGUCGUCGGAUGGUGAUAGCUGCAGCUCGAGCCUUCAGAAUGAACCGGGCUAAGAGACGAAACAAUGUUUUACCUUCAGUUUCUCACACUCCCUCAGCCUCACGCACCCCUGCCUAGUGGAAGAGGCGGAGAACAUUAAACAAACUGUGAAGGAGUUGUUUUAUUACUUUGAGAGUGCCAGUUUUAAUUUAAUGACUUAUACAGGGUCUCUAAGACUUCUUCCUAUUUAUAUACUGGAGUUCAACUUCUCGGACGAUCAAAUCUUAUUUUCUCAGAGAUCAGUAAUGGUGCGUGUGUGUGUGUGUGUGUGUGUGUGUGUGUGUGUGUGUGUGUUUGUGUGUGUUUACCUGUAGUGACUGCCAUACUGGCCGGUUCGAAAACUCUUUCUGGAACUAUUUAAAGUAUGACUCACAAUUUAUCCUUAUAUUCUAAAGUACAUUUUUAGACUUAGAAUUUAGAAAUCAA